AUGCUCUCACGCACGCGCCCUACGUACGCGCCUCGUUCACGCGCCUUACACGCACUCGCGCCUUUCACGCGCACUCGUGCGCCUCCCCUUAGGCCGUUGUACCCUUGUCCGUCUGUCUGUCCUAUGUCCUCGCUGAUUUACUGCACGCUUCCGCAUACGCGCGCGCCCCUCGCAUCUUUCGCUCGCGCGCGCCCUUCACGUGCCUUCGCAUCACUUACUCGCGCCUAUGUGCGCAUUAUCUUCUCGCGCCUUCGCGCGCCUGUUACCACCCGUCUAGUUGACGAAGACUCCCUCCAUUACAUUAAAGAGGAACUUCUCUCAGUAGCUGUCCUUUGGGUCGAGUCGUAUUCUCAUAUCCUGAUUCCUCACCUUCAACGCCCUGUUUGCAAGUGUUUCUGUCAGACACGCGCGAAUGCCGAGAUCACGGAGCUACUGCGUGGCCUCAAGCGGCGCCAUGAUGUCCUCAACCUCCCGCAACCAAAGAUGAUGGUCACCAACAACUGCUGCCACAUACAUGGCGCGGUGGCUUCUGCCAUGCCUGAGACAGAGGCUAAGCUGGAUGUCUGGCAUUUUAGUGCAAGAUACAUUGCUGCAAUCUUGAACACCAGCAAGAGCCCAUUCCAUAGUGCCAUCGCUGCCGAUAUUUUGGGUGCGAUCCUCAAGAAACACGCAGAACAUGGAUGUGGAGCAGAGUACUGGGAUUGUGGUGAACAAGAGCGGCGCCUUGUUGCAGUGUUUGACAAAUGGGCUGAAAAAGGUGUGUGGUCAGCAGCGGCUCAGAAGGUACAUCAAGAACAACUUAAACACGUCCAAAAAGGGUGUCUUGAGCGCUCAGAUCAAGACAUCCGGUCUGAUGGCAGCCCCAUUGAGGGCACCCACAAGGGCUGGAACUCGUUGCAGCGUGCCCAACCGAGUGGGAUCGUGAUGCUGUCUGCGCUUGGUCACGACUUUGUCCUCCGUCGAAACAUUAGGGUCGCUUCCAGUAGGCGUCAAAUGACGCCCUUUGUCAAAUUCACUCACGGCUCCCAUCACAUCCAGCUCUCUAACCACAUUGCAAGACUCUACAACGGACUGCGUGAGAAGGACACACGGCUGCUUCCUCUACCAGAACUCCCAGAUGUGGACUCCAGCGAGACCUUUGGACUUGUAGCGUCAGAUAAUACAACUACAUUUGGUGGUUUGCUCGUCAAGGAAGAGACUGCAGACGCCGAACUCACACUCACACAUAACUUUGAAGUUUGCACAGAUAGCUUUACUGGUGGGACUAUAGAUUUUGCGACCGAAGCCAGCCGCAGCAUCAUGAUCGAAGACUGGCAGAUUGAUCCGGCGCUCCUUGACCAACCUGCUACACAGCUGCUGCUGCCACAUGCUACCAAAGUCAUACCUGCCUCUCCAACCAAACGCAAGGUCUCUUGUGUCUCCUUUGACGCCAAUGAUGAGUUGGACAGCGGCAAUACUUCAAAACGACCACGGACUUUGGUUUCAGCUGGCACCAAGACACUCAAUGGCUACUUUUCUUCUGGUCGCAUUGUAAUGCGACCCAGAGAGCUCCACAGGCCUGUCACAGAGGGUCAUCCAGCAGUCACCAGCACUGGCAUCAACAACUCAAUCACACCUGACCAACAUUACACACGAAAACUUCCUCCCAAAUUCUUGGAGGAUCGCCCAGUGAUUCCUGGUGCUACUGCAGAGGUAUGUCCCAUCCCAUCACACCCGACCAAUGUUACACGCGAAAACUUCCUCCCUAAUUCUCACAGGAUUGCCCCAGCACUGGCAUCAGCAACACCAUUAUCCCCCAGCGCUGGCAUCAGCAACGCCAUUACUGGGGGUCACCCAGCAGUCACCAGCGAUCACCCAGUGAUUCCUGGGGCUACUGCAGAGGAUUGCCCCAGUAUUGAUCCUCACUCACUGACCCUUCAAAAUUCAGACGAGUUCUACCUGUUUAUGGACAUGCGGGCCGAGUUCAAAUGGCUGUCAUAUCAAAUGACUUCGAAGCGCUGGGUGCUGGCAACAGAGGAGUACAACCGUCGUCUCACACAGACAGCUGGCCGGUCGGUCAUUCAGAAGAACCCACAAGCCCUCCUACGUGCGCUGGGUGACAUCGAGCCCAAACUGAUGAACCGCAUCAUCAGAGAUGAAUAUACCUCAAAGAGGAACAAUGAGACAUUUUGGCGCCACCAUUGUUCUGUUGUACCUCUUGUCAAGCAGGAGCGAGGGAAAAAGCCCCGAAAGGCGCAGACAUGCUCACGCUGCCAAACGAUCAUGUACCCUGGCCCCGAAAACUUGCCACUCAACCACAAGCGGGGCUACUGUGCUGAUGGCAUCAAGCAGGUGUCAAAGAACAGCGGUGAAGAUCUCCCUCCCUGGCCUCAGCCUCAAGGUCUGUUCUCCAAAGGCCGCACAUUCCAUCCGCACGCAUUUUUGUUGGCUGUUCAGCAUGUCUAUGAGUAUGUUUCCUUGCAGGGACCGGGAGAGAUGGACUUGCUUGAAACGGAGGCCUUCGUGAAGCUGCUUGUCUCACGCACUGAGAUCCACGAGGAUGGUGCAGUGCUUUUCUGGCUGUUUACAGACUUCAUCGUGGACCCAUCGACCCCUCGUGAUUGCAUCAUUGUCCACAACGACAAGCAGUGGUUGAGGAUCAAUUUCCUGCAGCAGCCGUAG